AUGCCUGAGCUUGCGGAAGUGGCACGCAUUGUGCAUUUCAUUCGGCAGCACCUGGUUGGAAAGACACUCUCCAAAGUGCAGGCGCAACACGAUGAUAUUGUUUACGGCAAAGUUGGGACCAGCGCAGCCGAAUUCCAGAAGGCCAUGCAAGGAAAGCAGAUUGUCGGUGCUGGGCAACAAGGAAAAUACUUCUGGAUCACAAUGUCAUCACCGCCGCAUGUUGUGAUGCAUUUUGGAAUGGCUGGCUGGUUGAAAAUCAAGGAUGCAGACACAUAUUACUACCGCUCAGACAAACCUGCCGAUAAGGAAUGGCCACCAAAGUACGCGAAAUUUGUGCUGGAGACAAGUGACGACGAGAAGACAGAGGCAGCGUUUGUGGACGCCCGCAGACUCGGUCGUAUCCGCCUAGUGGAUUGCCCUGCUGAUGAGAUUCGCAAGCACACACCUCUGAAGGAGAACGGGCCAGACCCCGUUGUGGAUAAAGACAUCGUGACAGAAACAUGGCUGAUGGCGAAGCUGAAGAGUAAGAAGGUACCCAUCAAGGCUCUUCUGCUUGACCAGGCAAAUAUCAGUGGAAUUGGGAACUGGAUGGGUGACGAAAUCUUGUACCAUGCCAAGAUCCACCCGGAACAGUACAGCAAUACCUUGCACGAUGACCAAAUCAAGGAACUCAAUUCCUCAAUCCACUACGUCUGUUCCACAGCCCUCGAUGUCUUAGCAGACUCGGAGAAAUUCCCUGAGCACUGGCUUUUUAAGCAUCGAUGGGGCAAAGGGAAGAAGAACCAACCAGCCGCUCUGCCAAAUGGAGAUAAGAUCACCUUCCUCACUGUCGGUGGCCGAACAAGUGCCGUUGUGCCAGCAGUCCAGAAAAAGACCGGUGCUGUGGCUAAAGAGAUUGAUCGAAAUGGGGGUGGCACUCCAGCAAGCUCCAAACGAAAGCGUGCUGUGAAACAGGAAAUUGACUCCGACGCCGAAGACAAGCCCGAGCCAAACAGCCGCGAGCCAAAGAAAAAGAAGAAUUCAACCGUGAAGGAGGAGGAGAAGAAAGAAGAAGAGAAGCCAAUAGAUUCAUCUGUCGGCAGGCGUCGCUCUACGCGAUCAAGGAAAUAA